AGCCAGCCCGACGCCCUGGUGGUGCUUCCGGGCCAGACGGCGCGGCUGCUGUGCUCCCUGCAGCCAGGCGAGGCCAUCGCGGAGCGCGGCGUGUCGUGGUUCCAGCAGGCCCCGGGCAGCGCGCCCCGCUUCCUGCUGCACUACUACUCGGAGGACGAGCAGGAGCGGCGCCCGGGGCUCCCGCAGCGCUUCGGGGCCUCCAAGGACGCCGGCCUCAACGCCUGCGUGCUCACCAUCUCCCCGGUGCAGCCCGAGGACGACGCCCACUACUACUGCUCCGUGGCCUACUAGGGCCCGGCCCGGCCCGGCCCGGCCCGGCCCGCCGCUUCUUUCCUAGCCGCCUCCCUUCCCCGGCCCUCCCGCAGACCCUGGGCCCAUCCACCCCUCCCAACCCCUGGCCCCUCCCAAUGCGCAGGCGUGCCCUCGGCCCCGCCUCUUCCGGUGCAUCCUCCGGUUGCCAUGGUGACGCGGAGCUGCCUGAGCCCGGC